AUGAUUACAGUUCCAUUAAAUCCAAAUUCAGUUAAUAUACCAAUGAUUAAUAUUGGAUGUUGUAAAUCAAAAUUUGAUUCAACAUAUCCAAUUCAUUUAAAUGGAAUAAUUACUAAAGAAGAUUUUCAUGAAUCAAUUUCAAGAAUUAAUCAUACAAUUUUAUCAAACAAAAUUUUUAUCUUUCUUUUAAUUAUUUUUGGUUUAAGCAUGAUGACUGAAAUAAUGAUACUUCAUUAUUUAUCAUAUGAAUUUUUUACAAUUGGAAUUAUUUUAAGUAUUUCUGGAUCUAUUCUUUUCGGUAUUGUAUUUUAUAUAAUAAAACUUCAACGUAUUAGACGAAUGCGACAUGCUAUUGCUAAAGAAUCAAUGAUAUAUUCAUCAAAAUCACCGAUACCGUGUAGUUGGAGAUUAGAUACAAUGACACAUUCGGUUGGAAGAUACGGAAUUUAUCGUAACAAUCAUAUAGGCUAUCAUUUAGUUAUCGAUAUUGGUCGCUCGACUACUCCAGGAAGUGUAGUAUAUUAUUCCAAUCAAGCUGCUCCUGAUUUAACAUCGGUUACUGGACGACAUAAUAAUACUUUACCUCCACCAUAUUCUGAUCAACUUGCUAUAGAAAUUUGUUCUCAUUGUGGUGCAUCAAGACAAGAUCUAACAGGCAAAUUUUGUUCAUCAUGUGGAUACCCAUUCAAUACAUGUUAA